AUGUCGACCGACGCUGCUGCCGCGAAGCCGGACGAGGUGACCGUUGGGACCACGGCCGGAGACGAGAGCGCGCCGCUGAAGAAAUCGCGGAAGAUUCUCGUAGCGGUGGACCCGAGCGACGAGAGCUCGUACGCGUUAAAGUGGGCUCUCGAGAAUGUGAUACAAGCGGAGGACAAGGUUCACCUGCUACACGCGCAGCCGUACCCGAAAGUUUACGCAGGACCCGCGGGUCCAGCCCGGUUUGGUGCUGCUGGUGCAGGGUUCUACGUGCCGCCGGAGGUGGUGGAGACGAUGAAGAAGCAGGAGGAGGCCGUCAGUCGCCAGGUGCUGCGCGCUGCCAAGGCCAUGUGCGAGCAGUUCAAGGUAUCAGCCGAGGCGGACGUGAUAGAGGGCGAGCCCAGGGAGUCCAUCUGUGAUGCCGUGGAGCAGCUGGGCGUGCAGCUGCUGGUGAUUGGCAGCCAUGGCUACGGUACCGUGAAGAGGGCGUUCCUGGGCAGUGUGAGCGACUACUGUGUGCAUCAUGCUGCUUGCCCUGUGGUCGUGGUUCGUAAGGUGUAA